ACUUUAUGGAAGUAAAGUGUACCAUAAAGUAUGAAGUCAAGUUUGUUUUCGCAAUUACGUCACAGUCUCCUCUCCCUCCCUAUGAGAAGAGAGACAGCCUGUCCUCCCUCCUCUCCCCUCCCCUCCCUCCUCGUCUCUCCUACCUAUUUACCGUCCCGGAGCCUUCACACGGGGACUGUCUGACCGAGAACAUGCAGGCUGCGUGGCAUCAUCUGGCCGCAGUGCUGGUUCUGUUUGCCGCAGUGUCCGGAGGGUCGCAGGCCGAGGUGAUCGAUGACAUCCUGGGCAGCCUCUCGCGGGGAGCCACCUUCCUGGAGAGUCAACACGAGCACAUCAACCUGGACGGAGUGGUCGGGUUCCUCAUGCUGCAGGCUGAGCUGAAGGAGGCGGUGCGGACGUGGCCCCACAGCGACCCGGUCAGCUGGGCCCAGAGGACCUCCGCCGUGGUUCUGGUCAAACGUCUGGACCGGAGCUUUGAGAAGGCUGUCACCGCCCUGCAGCAGAACGACCCCAAGUACUACAGAGAGUUUGAGCCCCUGCUGUCGUCGAGCUUCUAUCUGAUCCCUCAAGAGUGGCAAUCCACGGACACCAGCCUCGUGUAUCCCUCCACCAUGAGCACCGAGUGCUACGACGAGCAGCUCAGCGACAAAUGUCUCACGCUGCUGCUGGGAACCUGGAAGAUGAAUGGGACGCCCUGCAUCGUCACCAAACCCUGCCGGGACACCAUGACACGUUUCGGCUGCCCACACUACUCUCUGUCCCACCAGCUGCUCUACUUCAUGAUCGGAAAAAUGAGAGGCUGCACCAACCUGCUGAAAGGAGACACCAGAGAGACCCGCGCUAACAUGACGGAGGGCAGCUAUCAGAAGAUCUUCUGCUCCAACAUGAUGAAGACCAACCAGGACAUCUUUCAGGACGGGCUUACCGAGCAGACGGUCGACAUCUUCAUUGAAAAUAUCGUCAUUUGUGGAUUGGCUGGUUUCUCCGACUUCUACAAAGCUGAUUGGCUGCAGCACAUCCUCCGGCUGCAGGACGAGGAAGCGGGCUGCUUUGGGAGAGACAAGAGCAUCAUCUCUCAGAUCAUCGGAGAUGAGCUGCUGGAGCAGCUGCAGCUGCAGCCUCACCGGAGAGUGAAGAGGAGGGAGAAGAUACUUCCAGAUGGCUGCUCCAGUCACAUGACAGCGGUGGCGGUGGGCGCUCUGGGUGGAUACCUGAACUACUACCUGGCAGAACAGGACAUAACCAAGAGGCCAAUCUCCUGAACGCCCCCUCCCCGAACCACCCUCACGGGGUUGCUAAACACGAUCUAAAAGUCAUCAGGUAGAGAUGCUCUUCAUGGCGAAACUCCCGACACAACUUGUUGCUUAAUGAACAUAGGUUGUAAGAUGAUGAAACUAGAAUGUGUUUGUUUGGCACCAGACUAAAUGUAUUUAUUGAUUAUAAUGAUCUAUAAAGCUUAUUCAUCCCAAUGUGUCUUUUAAAAGUAGCGAUGCUCCCAUUAAGCAGGAAACCAUAUGAAGUCGCAUUUACUCUUUAAGGUAGCUUGAGUCGUUUUUGUCUGCAGAACCAUGCAGUGUCUUUAGGUUGUUUUUUCUGUCUGUGAUGCAAAAAGGUAGCUAAAGAUUUAACGUUUUAUUUCUAAAUGAAAUCAGGAUACCAGCAUGUCAGAUUUAGCUUUUUGCCACACGGCUUCUUAAACAGUUUCAUGUGUUAUGGUCGAAUGUAUAGUGACCAGUGCUGGAAAGUACUUUUUGACGUACUUCUAUUUUACUUAAGCAUUUCCAUUUUCUGCUACUUCAUUAUUAUUUAUUUAUAUUCCACUCUAAAUAUUGUAGUUUUUACUCCAUUACAUUUGUGUGAUAGCUUUAGAAGAUUCAAAUCAUUUAUCAUGUAUUAUUUUAGGUUAAGAUAAUCCGUAUUGAUCCCUUGGUAUAAUACAAGAAUUACCCAUCAAAAUAAACUCUACAUAUAUACAAAAUGCA